UGGGAGAAAGUUGGUGUGCAGAGCGGCUUUUGUGCUGUUUCCAUGGUGGAAGCAGCAGCUGGCAGACAAAGAAGAUGGCAAUGAGUACUCUGGACAACUGAGGAUAACAAGCAACAUUGAACACCAAAGCAAGUCAGUCCAAAAAUCAAUAUAUCUUCCAUUUCCUUCAGAGAGCCACACAAUUCUUAAUCUUCCUCAGCAAGUGAGAGGAAAACGAGAGAAAAUCAAGAAGAGAUUUCUAGCUGGGAAAAGCAGAGUGUGAAAUUCAAGCAUACAUUACAUGAAAAGUCAAGGGAGAUUAUUUUUCCAUUGGGCAAAAGAGGGAAAUAACUAGAAGUUACUGGGGAGGAAAAGGUCAAUUGGAAAGCCACGUAGAGCAGACAGAGUUGCAGGCCCACUCUGGGAGGAAGAAAAUGGCUUGAAUAAAAACACUGCUAAACAAGAAACCAUCCAUAUUUUUGAUCUCCAAAGGAAUAUGAGUUGUGGAAAAGCUCCAUAGAUGUGCCGGUUGUGGGAAAGAUACAACUUGCAAAUCACAGCUGAUUAUGCCUGAGAGGAUCCCGACUGGAGAAAAGAACAACAAUACUCUAAAUGAAGCAAAACCUCUGAUCAGAACACCUCCAUUGUGGUUCUUGGAAGGACCCACACAGGAGAGAAGCCCUACAAGUGCUCCCAAUGCAGUAAAUGCUUUAGGAAGCAUGGCAACAUGGACUCACACCAAGGAGAAACCGUUUGAAUGUCCUGAUUGUGAGAAAUGUUUCUGUGAUAAAUCCAACCUGGUGAUACACCUGAGGAUUCACACACGAGAGAAACCCUUUGAGUGUCCUGAUUGUGGAAAAAGCUUCAGUCGGCAUUUCAGCCUGGUGACACAUCAAAGGACUCACACAGGCGAGAAACCCUUUGAGUGUCCUGAUUGUGAGAAAAGUUUCAGUCAGAAUUCCAACCUGGUGAGACACCAGAGGACUCACACAGGCGAGAAACCCUUUGAGUGUCCUGAUUGUGGUAAAAGUUUCAGUAACUAUUCCACUCUGGUGAAACACCAGAGGACUCACACAGGAGAGAAACCCUUUGAAUGUCCUGACUGUGGGAAAAGUUUCCGUCAGAAUUGCAACCUGGUUCAACACCAGAGGAUUCACAGAGGCGAAAAACCCUUUGAAUGUCCCGAUUGUGGUAAAAAUUUCAGUACCAAUUUCAGCCUCAUGACACACCAGAGAAUUCACACAGGAGAAAAACCCUUUGAAUGUCCUGACUGUGGGAAAAGUUUCCGUCAGCAUUCCAACCUCAUCAGCCACCAGAGGACUCACACAGGAGAGAAACGCUUUGAGUGUCCUGAUUGUGGAAAAAGCUUCAGUCGGCAUUUCAGCCUGGUGACACACCAAAGGACUCACACAGGUGAGAAACCCUUUGAGUGUCCUGAUUGUGAGAAAAGUUUCAGUAACAAUUCCACUCUGGUGAAACACCAGAGGACUCACACAGGAGAGAAACCGUAUGAGUGUCCUGUUUCUGGGAAAAGUUUCAGUCAGAAUUCCAGCCUUGUGAUACACCAGAGGAUUCACACAGGAGACAAACCCUUUAAAUGUCUUAACUCUGGGGAUAGUUUAAGUCAAAAUUCUUACCUCGUUUCACACCAGAGCACUCAUAAGGGAGAGAAACCGUUGGAAUGUCCUGGUUCUGAGAAAAGUUUCAGUAAGAAUUCCAGCCUGGUGACACACGAGAGGACUCACACAGGAGUGAAACCAUUUGAAUGUCCUUACUGUGGGAAAAGUUUCAGUAACAAUUCCACUCUAGUGAAACACCAAAGGAUUCACACAGGAGAGAAACCAUUUGAAUGUCCUGUUUGUGAGAAAAGUUUCAGUCAGAAUUCCCACCUCAUAAAACACCAGAGGAUUCACACAGGAGAGAAACCCUUUGAAUGUCCUGAUUGUGGUAAAAGUUUCAGUCACAAUUCCACCCUGGUUCAACACCAGAGGAUUCACACAAGAGAAAAACCCUUUGAAUGUCCUGACUGUGGUAAAAGUUUCAGUCAGAAUUCCAGCCUGGUGAAACACCAGAGGACUCACACAGGAGAAAAACCCUUUGAAUGUCCUGACUGUGGGAAAAGUUUCCGUCAGAAUUGCAACCUGGUUCAACACCAGAGAAUUCACAGAGGCGAAAAACCCUUUGAAUGUCCCGAUUGUGGUAAAAAUUUCAGUACCAAUUUCAGCCUCAUGACACACCAGAGAAUUCACACAGGAGAAAAACCCUUUGAAUGUCCUGACUGUGGGAAAAGUUUCCGUCAGCAUUCCAACCUCAUCAGCCACCAGAGGACUCACACAGGAGAGAAACUCUUUGAGUGUCCUGAUUGUGGUAAAAGUUUCAGUCAGAAUUCCAGCCUGGUGAAACACCAGAGUAUUCACACAGGAGAAAAACCCUUUGAAUGUCCUGACUGUGGGAAAAGUUUCAGUCAUUAUUCCAACCUCAUCGACCACCAGAGGACUCACACAGGAGAAAAACCAUUUGAAUGUCCUGACUGUGGGAAAAGUUUCAGUAAGAAUUUCAACCUGGUUCAACACCAGAGGACUCACACAGGAGAGAAACCGUUUGAAUGUUCUGAUUGUGGUAAAGGUUUCAGUACGAAUUCCACCCUGGUGAAACACCAGAGGACUCACACAGGAAAAAAACCCUUUGAAUGUCCCGAUUGUGGUAAAAGGUUCAGUACCAAUUUCAGCCUAGUUCAACAACAAAGCACUCACACAGGAGGGAAACUAUAUGAGUGUCCAGACUGUGGGAAUGAUCCCAGUACUAAGGUUAACCUUAUAAAUCAUGUACUUAUACACAAAGGGGAGAAAUCAUUCGGACGGCGGCAGCAGAGAAUCCUCCAUGUGCGGCGGGCAGAAGUCAGCAUGGACACUUCUGGUGAGGGCGGGGCAGCGGCUACACGAUGGGGCGCACGGCUGGAAGUCGCGCAGACCUACAACACCCAGCAGGCCUGGGGCGCCCCGCAGCUGGGCACGAGUCUCUCAGCAGCAAUGGCUGAGGCGCUGUGGGUGUUGCUGCUGCCACUGCCUGUGGAGGCUCUGGCCAGCCCACUGAGGGCCAAGUUCAACCGCGGGCAGGGAGUGAUGGCCAUGGCCAGGCCAGCCAAGUUGCACUUGUCCAGCUGCCAGGCGGAUGCAGCUGCCCAGGGCGUCCUGCAUCCUGAAAAUAAUAAGACCCCCCUGAAAACUAGGCCAAGCCCUUAUUUCGGGGUUGAGGAUGUUCCAGGGAACAUUUUGGCAAGUCUGGCCGGCGGCAAAUGCCAUCGAUAUGCCUAUUUCUUGCCAACCACCAAAAAGUCAGCCAACUUCCAACAAGAUGAAAGCUGGGGGAGAAUUCAUUGCAAUGACACCAGUGUCUACUUCAAAGAUGAAGAAAACAUUCUGCCUAUCACGCCUACAAACGAUGGUGAACAGCAACAGCAACCAUCACCACGAGUGCAACGCAAUGAAAGAAACUCAUCUGACACUUCACCUGAACCAGAAGCACUAUCUGAAGAAUCGCCUCCAUCCAGUGUCCCAUCUUCACCUCGACGUCACUACACAAAGAAAAGAUCUUCAACUUCCCCAAGUGCCCGAGGCAAAAGACCUCUAAAAUUCGAGAGGGGUUACAAUGCUGACACGUCAUCACAAGAAGAAGGUGAAAGGCACCAAGUAAGACGGUCCAAAAGAGUAAACAAGGGGAUCCCUCCACAGAAGUAUGAAGGGGUUAUCGCUUCUAUCAACUCUGUGACCACGGUGCCUAAGAACUACAAAGAUGUUCUUCAACUCGAAGAAGAGCAAGCAAGAUGGAAAGAAGCCAUGCUUUGUGAAAUGAAUAGCCUUAAACAAAUGCAAGUAUAUACAUCUGCCAAGGUUCCCAAAGGCAAAAGCGCUAUCGGGACAAGAUGGGUUUUUAGAGCCAAACCCAUGCCAGGUAACAAAUUGUUAUACAAGGCCCAGUUAGUGGCCAAAGGGUAUGCCCAAAGGUACCCAGAUGAUUACCUGGACACUUAUUCACCGACCGUCAGAGCCGAAACAAUAAAAGCUGCCUUAACAACCGCAGCGGCCUUAGGUGAAAAAGUUUUUCAAUUCGACGUCAAAACAGCAUAUCUGCAUGCUGAUCUGAAAGAGGACAUUUACCUCAAGGAGCCACCCGGUUUUGAAGGAAAAGAGGUGUCAGCUUUUGGCAGUGGCUUGGAGAAGCAUUCGGCAGCCCGGUGUCCUUCUUUCCCACAUUUGAAACAGGAGCAAUUGAUCAAGGGCAAUGUCAGCUCUCCGGUCACCGGGGCUGCCAGUCGCACAGAGACCUUGGCCACACCCCAUAUCGAGAUCCGCCAGAUUGGCCGGACAUUCAUGGGGGCCUGGCUUACAAAACCGUGCCGGGAGCUGCCAGCUGGGAGGCAUGGCUAUACCCACACGACGCGCCGGGAGCCACUAGCUCAGCGGCACAAGCUGAUUACGCCAGAGAGGAUCCUGACUGGAGAAACGCCAUACAAUACUCUAAAUGUGGCAAAACCUCUGAUCAGAACACCUCCAUUGUGGUUCUUGGAAGGACCCGCACAGGAGAGAAGCCCUACAAAUGCUCCCAAUGCAGUAAAUGCUUUAGCAAGCAUGGCGACAUGGACUCACACCAAGGAGAAACUGUUUGAAUGUCCUGACUGUGGGAAAAGUUUCCGUCAGAAUUCCCACCUCAUUGGCCACCAGAGGACUCACACGGGAGAUAAACCCUAUGAGUGUCCUGAUUGUGGUAAAAGUUUCAGUAAGAAUUCCAGCCUGGUUCAACACCAGAGGAUUCACACAGGAGAAAAACCCUUUGAAUGUCCUGUUUGUGGGAAAACUUUCAGUCAGAAUUCCGACCUCGUGAAGCACCAGAGGAUUCACACAGGAGAGAAACCCUUUGAAUGUCCUGACUGUGGGAAAAGUUUCAGACAGAAUUCCAACCUGGUUCAGCACCAGAGGAUUCACACAGGAGAAAAACCCUUUGAAUGUCCUGUUUGUGGGAAAACUUUCAGUCAGAAUUCCGACCUCGUGAACCACCAGAGGAUUCACACAGGAGAGAAACCCUUUGAAUGUCCUGACUGUGGGAAAAGUUUCAGACAGAAUUCCAACCUGGUUCAGCACCAGAAGAUUCACAGAGGAGAAAAACCCUUUGAAUGUCCUGACUGUGGGAAAAGUUUCCGUCAGCAUUCCAACCUCAUCGGCCACCAGAGGACUCACACAGGAGAGAAACCCUUUAAGUGUCCUGAUUGUGGUAAAAGUUUCAGUCACAAUUCCAGCCUGGUGAAACACCGGAGUAUUCACACAGGAGAAAAACCCUUUGAGUGUCUUGUUUGUGGCAAAACUUUCAGUCAGAAUUCCGACCUCAUGAAACAUCAGAGGAUUCACACAGGAGAAAAACCCUUUGAAUGUUCUGAUUGUGGGAAAAGUUUCAGUACGAAUUCCACCCUGGUUCAACACCAGAGGACUCAUACAGGAGAUAAACCCUUUGAGUGUCCUGAUUGUGGGAAAAGUUUCAGUCAGAAUUCCAGCCUGGUGAAACACCAGAGUAUUCACACAGGAGAAAAACCCUUUGAAUGUCCUGACUGUGGGAAAAGUUUUCGUCAAAAUUCCCACCUGAUUGGCCACCAGAGGACUCACACAGGAGAUAAACCCUAUGAGUGUCCUGACUGUGGGAAAAGUUUCCGUCAGAAUUCCCACCUCAUUGGCCACCAGAGGACUCACACAGGAGAUAAACCCUAUGAGUGUCCUGAUUGUGGUAAAAGUUUCAGUCACAAUUCCAGACUGGUUCAACACCAGAGGAUUCACACAGGAGAAAAACCCUUUGAAUGUCCUGUUUGUGGGAAAACGUUCAGUCGGAAUUCCGACCUUGUGAAACACCAGAGGAUUCACACAGGAGAAAAACCCUUUGAAUGUCCUGACUGUGGGAAAAGUUUCCGUCACCAUUCCAACCUCAUCGGCCACCAGAGGAUUCACACAGGAGAGAAACCAUUUGAAUGUCAUUUCUAGUGUUCCAUUGUAAAUCCAUCUGAGAUAUUGACUAUUUAAAUUGAUUAAAUUAAAUAGAAUUUGCCUGAUUUUUUGUAGGCAAAUAUGCAAUGGUAUUGGAUGCAGCAGAGGAAAGAAAAAAUGGAACAUAUUACUUUGAUAAUGGCUAUCUUGCUUUCAGCAUAAGAAGUUGCUGGAUAUUUAUUUUUGUAGAAAUUUGGCUAUUAUGUAAAAAUCUUUUUGGGAAUGUUCUUUGCAUUUUUGUGAUAGUGGAUGAUAGAAAUGCUAUGUUCCAGGAAUCCCAGCCUUUUUCUCCCUGGGGUCCCCCAAGAUUUUCAGCCUCAGAAUUCUCCAGCCAGCAUCUCUUGGGGAUUGGAGCCCUGAGACUAUAGAUUGUGGCUCCUCAUAUAAGGAGAAAGCAAGAUGAGAAGAGACACAGAGGGGGUUCAAAGUUUAUCUUUUCCUAACAGUUCCAGGAAUUCAGUGCACCAAGCAUGUCUGUUUCAGAUUGUGUCAAGAAUGAGGCACGCAAGUGGAAGAAACCAUAUGAAUAGCAAAUAUAUUGGGGGAAUUUAGGGCAGUGAGAAAAGCAGUGUAAAAUUUCAGAUAUAAAGGCUGUUCUGCCCUGCAGGUGACCUUCAUGUUCAAAAGCCAAAAGAAGCAAUUCAAUUGAAACAUGUCAGUUGCUACAUAUUCCUUUUCUCCCCAGAUUUUAUUCCAUUUGUGGUACUUGCUUUAAAACUGGCUCUCCUUCAUAGUAGGGGUGACUUCUUGUGAUUUUAUGGACACCUUUUGUUGGAAACAAUAUGGAACUCUUAUGCCAUUACUGUCUUCUGUGAUUUUUUUUUUUUUACCUAGAAAACAAACACAGGGUUUCCUAGUGGUGCACCAUCCAUUUAUUAUCCUGGAAGAACUGGGCUUAACCUAGGAUUUUUUUUUAAAUAAUAGCUCUUUGCACCAUUUGGGAUAUUCAGUUUUAUAGACAGUCCUUGCUUACCGCUUACUACUCAGCCUUCAAAAUUACACUGGUGCUGAAAAAGUAGUUCCUCAAAGUUGUGCCCAUCACAGUUAUUUGGGGGUGGGACUGGCUGGCAAUUACGAUCGUUGCGGUGUCCCACAGUCAUGGAAUUGGGUUCCCAUAAACAAAAUUGACAGGAAGUUGCAAGUCCCACUCAUGGUACAUUGCACUGAAGAGAACACGGUGAUUCGCUUGACUGUUUUUCACACGACCAUUGCAGCAUCCCCAUGGUCAUAUGUUCAAAAUUCAGAUGCUUGACAAAACACCCAUAAUUAUGAUGGUUGCAGUGUCCCAGACUUUAGUUGUACUUGAAAUCUUAAUUUCUCCAGAGGGAAUCAAAUAGUGGAGGGAGGGAGAGAGAGAGAGAGACGGAGAGAGAGGGAGGGAAGGAGGAAAAAAGAGAAAGAGAGAGACUGAGACUUAUUGAUUGUAGGCUCCUUGGGGCUGAGAAGAAUUGCUGCAAAACUGAGUUUAUUGAAGUGGACCACUAGACUCCUUCUGGAGGUUGGCUAUUCCUACAAGCUUGGUGUCAUCUGCAAAUUUGAUGAGUUCCCCAUCUAUCCCCUCGUCACUGAUGAAGAUGUUGAAGAGUACUGGGCCUAAAACAGAGCCUUGGGGUACUCCACUGCAUACUUCCCUCUAUGUAGAUGCAGUUCCAUUGAGGACUACACGUUGAAUGCGGUUGGUCAGCCAGUUACGAAUCCAUCUGGUGCUGAUGCUGUCUAACCCACAUUUUUCUACUUUAUCUAGUAGUAGGUUAUGGUCUACUUUAUCAAAUGCCUUACUGAAAUCCAAGUAAAUUAUAUCGACAGUAUUCCUCUGGUCCACUAAUUUUGUCACUUUGUCAAAGAAUGCAAUAAGAUUAGUCUGGCAUGAUCUGUUUUUGACAAACCCAUGUUGGCUUUUGGUUAAUACUUUGUUUGCUUCUAGGUGUUCACUGAUUCAUUGCUUGAUUAUCUUUUCCAGAAUCUUCCCUGGUAUUGAGGUCAGGCUGAUAGUUUUCUGGAUCUAUUUUUUUUCCUUUUUUGAAGAUGGGAACUACAUCAUCUCUUUUCCAGUCCUCUGGCUGGAAAAUCCUGUGCUCCAGGAUCUCUGAAAGAUAUAGUUCAGUGGUUCUGAGAUCUCGUCUGCCUGUUCCUUCAGAACCUUGGGGUAUAAUCCAUCCGGUCCUGGUAUUUGAACUCGUUUAGGGUAGACAGGUGUUCACUUACCAUUUUUUCCCCUACUUUAACUUGUGUUCCUAAUCUGUUUUUGAUAGGUUGGACUGUUUUUUCCUUUUGUGUAAAGACAGAUGCAAAAAAGGAGUUAAGUAGUACUGCUUUCUCUCUGUUGCUUGUCACCUUCUUGCCACUUUCUCCCAACAAUGGACCAAUUGUUUCCUUGACAUUUUUCUUUUCCAUGUCCAUUUAAUUUGUAUUUUAUGGUUUGUUUGUUUUUUGCCAAUGUGCAAGGCAGAGCAUUUAUUGGUUGAGAUUUGAAGUUGCCACUUGUUAGACCAAUCUGACACAUAGUCAAGGUUUUUUUGAUUGUCGGUGGUGUUGAAUAGUUUAACAUCAUCAGUGAAGAUAACGCAGUUGCUUUUAAUAUGAUCACAAAUGUCAUUUAUGUAACGUAUGAAGAGUGUUGAACCUAAAUCACUGCCUUGUUUCCUUGACAUUUUUCUUUUCUUUUCUUUUCUUUUUGUGAACAAGUUUUAUUAAAAAUUUCCUGUUACAUACAUAUUUUAUGCACAGAGUAUUGACCAGGUCACAUCUUUUACAACUUACAAUUAUAUAUAUUUUAUAAUCUGUUCCAAUCUACUUUUUUAGUUUCUCCAAAUACAAUUUGCAUAUUUCAAUUUCUGCCAUGGUUUUCUUUUCCUCUACUUUAUUUUAUCUUAAUCUCUUCUUAAUACAUAGUAUAUAAACAAUAUUACCAUCCGCCUUUCACAUCCUAAUUUCUUAACCUUACUUCACACUUUUUUACAUUUCAAGUUUAUCUCUUAAUUUCAAUUAUUUUCAUAAAUGGACCAAAUUAUCACUUCAUAUUUCAUCCACUGUUCAUUUUACAAUACACAAUAUAUAUCGUCAUCUUUAUUUGUUAUCUUCACAAUUACUAAUAUUAAUACAGCCCCCUUAACUCUAUUAUUAUAUACCUUAUUUCCCUUCCUUCUUUCUGCUAUUCUUCCCCUUUUAAACAUUUUCUUUUGAUCCCUCCAGUAUUCCACUUCUUAAUGUUUUUCUCCCUUUCUCCCAUUCUCUUGUCUUCGUCUUCUUCUUUUCCUUCUUUUUAUAAUUAUUAUAUCUUUUCUUCUGAAUUCUUUCUCUUACUUUUAGGUCUAUUACUCGCAUAGUUCGCCCCACAUUUUUGUCUAAUCUGUUCCCAUUUCCUUCUCUUCCCUUUGCUUGCUUCUUUUUUAGCAAAUAUUUCCUCCUAUCCCUUCCUUUUUUGCCACCGUUAAUCCCAGUGUAAUCAUUUAGCUUUUUACUUCCACUUUCUUUGCCUACAAUAUUAUUUUCUUGCUUCUCAUUUAUGAUCUCUGUCCUGUUGAGUAUGUUCUAACAAAAUUUCUGACUUUUUAUUAACCUUUAAAGAUUCACACAUAUUUUUAACCAUCUCAAUUAAUUCCUGACACAUAUUGAUAUUUUAGCUUGUAUUUAAUUAAAAUUUAAGUCCAUAUACUUAUGUCCAGCUGGUUUUUGUUUUCCACCUCCUUUAGCAGUCGAGGCCAAGCAAUUUGAGUAAAAACAAAUACUCCUUAAUUUUUCUCACAACUCUUGCAGUGCGCAAGGUCACUAUAGUUAUUUUUUCCAAUUUUCAAGCUAUUCAUUGUAGUGCUUUCUUUCCACCGGUAGAUGUCUCUCUCCAAUCCACAAUUUUCAGAGACACAAAGUAUCCAAUUUGCAAAAGUAUUUUAAAUCCACAUAUCAAAUAUUUUCUUUCAAUUUUCUUCUUCUUUUCUUGCUUUCUCAAAUUCAGAUUUAAAUCCAGUUGUAAAUUUGUUGCUAUUUUAACUUCCUCUUUGUUCUUCCUUCAGAAUUCAAAACUCUCAAAACUGUCAAAAUUAUUUCAAAUCCUCUAACAAGUAUUUUCCCUCGGGUUUCUUUUUCUUAUAUCAAUUUUAGUUUCUCCAAAUCCAAUUUCAAAUCCAAAUAAAAAGUUUUCAAAUAAAA